AUGGGAAAAUUUACAGAACCUGAGGCCCCAACAGCCCCAGGCGAGAAGAUUGAAAAAUUCCCUUCAACUAAAGUACCUGAGAAACCAGGCGGCUAUGAAGAUUUGACGUCACUGGGCAAAGAGUUUGUUACUGUGUUUAUGCAGAAUCAUGACCCUAAAGAGACCCCACAACUGGAGCUUUUGGUUACCGGCACUAAACCGUCCACCUCUGUUUCUGUCACAAUUAACAAAUCUGACUUUAGGAAGGACGUGAAGGUUGGAGAGGGAGAAACAGUGUCUAUUCCUAUCACAACAAAUGUAGAGAUGAGCGGAUCAGACACAUCACCAAGUUCUCUAGUGAUUAAAUCUGAUGUUGAGGUUACCAUUGUUUCUCGCAGCUAUAAAUACGGCAGUAGUGACACAGCUUUGCUUUACCCAGUGCGUCUGUGGGGAGUUGAGUAUUAUAUAAUUACCCCUCCAUGGGGGGCAGAUGGAGCUUACCCAGAGUUCUCUGUGAUUACCCAUGAAAAUCCAACAAUUGUUAACAUUGACCUAAAAGGAGCUGUGAGUUUCCAAGGAAAGAAUUAUCCAAAGGACAGCAAGCUCACACUCAGCCUUAAACCUUUCCAGGCUGUCCAGAUUCAGAGUACUGAUGAUCUCUCUGGCACUAAGGUAGUUGCUGAUCAUCCUGUGGCAGUCCUCAGUGGGCACACAUGUAGUCAGAAAAAUGGAGAUUGUGGCCAUGUGUAUGAACAGCUGUUGCCUGUAACCAGCUGGGGAUACUCAUUCUUUGUCCCAGGCAUGUCCUUCCAGCCCAAGUCUGAUAUUGUGUUUAUUAUUCCUGCUAAAGAUACAGAAAUAAAUUAUCAAUCAGGAUCAGAAGAAGAAAUAAAAGAACUAUUAGCUGGAGAGGUUCUACAAUUAGAAGUUACAGCAUCAUCACCAUUGAAUAUCAAUGCUGAUAGUAAACUACAGGUCUUAUUUUUUGGUACUGGUGGGACAUUCAACACUAAACCAUUUGACCCUUUCCUUACCAAUGUUCCAGCUACUGAAAGAUUUGCUAUUGCUUAUGAGCUCAUUGGACAAGACAAGUUUGAAACCAAUCUGGCUGUUUUUGUAAUCAAGACCUCAGAUAAACCAGGAAUCACUGUUGAUGGGAAGUUACCAGAAGGUGUUAAAUGGAAAGAAUUCCCUGGAUCAAAGUAUUCGUGGGGAGAAUAUAACUACGGAAGUGGCUUCAGUUAUCACACAGUGGAACAUCCUACAGAACCUUUUGGUCUGCUGAGCAUUGGGUACUCUCCAAGUGUUAGCUACGGAUCUGUGGCACCUUCUAUCAGGGGGCCUGGAGCACCAAGUACAGGGAUUAAAAAACCUGAACAGCCAACAGUUCCAGAGGAAGAGCUGAAAAAACCUGAGAAGCCAACAACCCCAGGCGAGAAGAUUGAAACUUAUGGUCUGAUCAACCGUGUUAUCAGCUCUCCAAGCAGGGGGACAUUUUAUAGUGAUGCACUUCCGAGUUGGAACUUUAGAACAGCAGUUAGAGUGUUUGGAUCAUGA